AUGGAGCAAGAAAACAUUAAGACAAACAGGAUUUGUGAACUAAUUAGCAAAAGCCGACUGUUCACCAAUGCACCGGGUAUGAAAGCCAUGAUUUGUGUGGUAAAACUUCACCAAGAUCAAAAAGCGCGCAACCCACGCAGCCACUCCUCCAAAGUUGCCACCAUCCUGGCCCCGGGUCCCGGGGUCCGAGGGCCAGGGCGCCUCCCACCCCGUCCCUGCGCGCAGCCCGUCAAUCAAGUCCCCGCCGGGCCGCGUCGCGGGGCCCCCCAACAGCCGCCAGCGGCGGGCCCGCCUCCCGCCAAGCUCCAGCUGCCCUCCCACGGCGAGCUCCGCGCGCCCCGGCCCGGGGCAGGACCGAGCGGGGCCGGGGCGGCAGCAGCCCGGCAGGCCCCGGGCCGCCUCGCUCACCUCUCGGGGGGCGCCGCCCUCCGCCGCUGCCGCCUCCUCCCGGUGAGUGCAGCGGGGUCUGACCUGUGGAACCACCAUACCAGUCCCGGCCGCUGCUGCAGCGCCGCCGCUCCGCCGUCGCCUCAGCCGCCGCUCUUUGUUCCCCCGCGGAGCGCCACCGCCUCAGCCGCCCGCCUCGGCCGGCCGACGGGCGGCCACUACGCCCUCCCACUCUCUCGGUCCCCGGCCUCGCCCUUCUCGCUGCGCCCGCCGCUGCCUUCGCCUCCGCGCCGCCGACGCCGCCGCCACCGACGCCGCCGCCUCCUCCUCCGCGCCCCCCUCGCUUUCAUUGAAAGCAAACAAGCAUCAUGGCGGCGCCCCCGUCCCCAGCCACCUAGCGCUCGGCCGCCGCCGCCCUUCCAACAUCCCGGCUGCCCAUUGGCCGCCGCCGCCGGGCGCGACCAUUCGGCGCCGAGGGGGUCGCUCCCGCACGCGCUGCCGAGCCCCGCCCCCCCGCGCCGGGGCAAAAAUCCCAGCAAACGCCUCUCAGCUUUCCAGAUCCCAGUCAUCAUGCCCCUCAUGCAAGAUCUCAUGCCCGUCAUGCAAGAUCUCAUGUUGCAAGUUAUGAAACCACAUCUCAAGUGGACUUGA